UCUUCGCAUCAAUCCAGCCACGAGACUUUAAGCUUGUUCAUUAGGGGUUGGGCGUCCAAGAAGUUCAUGACAGGCUGUGUUAUCCUACUUCCUAUUGCAAUUACUUUCUAUAUAACAUGGUGGUUUAUUCACUUUGUGGAUGGAUUCUUCUCUCCAAUAUAUGCACAACUUGGAAUCAACGUAUUUGGUUUUGGUUUUUUGACUUCCAUAGCAUUCAUCUUCUUGGUCGGGGUGUUCAUGUCUUCGUGGUUGGGAGCAUCGGUUCUGAACUUAGGAGAGUGGUUUAUCAAGCGAAUGCCAUUUGUUCGUCAUAUCUACAACGCCUCUAAGCAGAUCAGCACUGCCAUAUCUCCUGAUCAAAAUACACAAGCUUUCAAGGAAGUUGCAAUCAUUAGGCAUCCCCGAAUAGGCGAAUAUGCAUUUGGCUUCAUUACAUCGACAGUUGUUCUCCAG